AUGAUAAUUCUCUCCUAUAAUUCUAGAGGUUUGGGGAGGGGAGUCGAGUGGGCUGCUGUUAGAAGGCUCAUUGUAAAGCACAAAGUGGAUCUUGUCUGCCUCCAAGAAACCAAGAGGGAGAACUUUAAUAAAAGUAUUUGCCAGGCCAUUUGGGGAGACUCCACUGGUCAUUGGGAUUUUGUUCCAUCUGUGCAAGCUGCUGGUGGCCUUUUAUGUAUGUGGAAUAACUCCACCUUUGUGGUAGAAAGGAAGGAAAAAGGUAGAAGCUUCUUAAUGCUUGAAGGCACAUGUUGUAGUAAUAAUCAGAAGUUGAUAUUUGUCAAUGUUUAUGCUCCUUGUGAUCUGGUUGGGAAGAAAGCUUUAUGGGAUGAGUUGAGGCAGCUGAAGGCUUCUAAUCCUAGUGGAAUGUGGUGUUUCCUUAGGGACUUCAAUAGCAUUAGAAGUUCUCAGGAAAGAAUCAGCUUAUCUCAAAGAAGGGCAAAUCCUUAUGACAUUGCAGCCUUUAAUCAGUGGAUUGAUGAUAUGGAGCUUCCGGAAAUUAAAUGUUAUGGGAAUAGCUUUACUUGGAUUAGGCCUAAUGGCUGUGUGAAAAGCAGACUUGAUAGAUUCUUGGUCUCAUAG